UUCAUCUUUUUGUAAAAUAUGGAAAUUGUCUAAAGUAUUUUCGUUUAUCAGACACUAAUAAUAAUGGAUAAUGAACAAAAAGAUGUGUACAUAAAACAAGAAAUUCGGGAUAUAGAAUAUGAAGACGAUGAUGAUAAACACUCAAUUAAAAAUGAAAUUUCUAUCGACACGGUCGAGAAAAUUGAAACUUCGUUUGAUGAGACAAGUCCAGAUGAAAUAAUAGAAGAAAUAGUUGAUGAUACAACAUGUAAAAUUUGUAAUAACAAAUUUGACACCCCCGAAUUACUACAAACUCAUUUAAGAAAAAGGAGACUGGCCCACAAGCUGUUUAAAUGUUGUUUAUGUGGCAAAUCAUUUAGGGAUAAUUCACAAUUAGGAGUUCAUGUUAGGAAACACACAGGAGAGAAACCUUAUGAAUGCACACAAUGUGGGAAAAAGUUCUCUGUAAAUGGCAAUUUAAACAAACAUUUAAGAAUCCAUACAGGUGAAAAGAGAUUUGAAUGUGAUACGUGUGAAAAAAAAUUUACUCAGUUUGCACAUCUUGAGGAUCACAUGAAAAUUCAUACAGGCGAAAGUCCUUAUCAAUGUGAUUUAUGUAACAGUUCAUUUAAAACAAAAUCUAGAUUAACUAGACACAAAGUACAGCAUGGAGUUGGCGUACCCAAGAGAUCAAUUCAAUGUCCAGCAUGUGCAAUUAUUUUGAAGAGCACUGGACUUCUUGAAAUCCAUCUACAAACCCAUAUUAAAGGAAAUCCUGAUUUUAGAUGUGAACAAUGCAACAAAAAAUACAAGAGUUUGUACACAUUAUACAUGCAUAAAAAACAACAUGAUUCUCCCAAAAUUUUUAAAUGCAAUUUAUGUACUAAAACGUUCAGAAACCAGAGCCAUUUAAGGAGACAUGAAAACUCACAUGCUGGUGUAAAACCAUAUUGUUGUGAUAUAUGCCUUAGAGCUUUUCCUUGUAUGCAGAAUUUGAAUAGGCACAGACUUACCCACACUGGUGAGAAGCCAUACAGCUGUGAGGAAUGUUCAAGAUCAUUCCUGACAUUGGAGAAUUUGAACAGACACAAAAGAACUCACACUGGUGAAAAACCCUACACCUGUGAGGUGUGUAACAAAAGUUUUGCUCAUAGCACUACUUUGAAAGAGCACAGAUUAACACACACUGGUGAAAAACCUUAUGGUUGCAAUAUUUGUGGGAAAAAAUUUAGUUUAAAUAAAUCUUUAUAUAAGCAUAUAAGAAUAAAUCAUCCAGAUGAUUAUGUAACUUACAAGGAAAUUAAUGAGUUGCCCAAAAAUUUAAAAGCACCCAUAGCCAAUGAGUUGGAUAUCAAAUUGGAGGAACCUGAGUAUGUGAAUAAUGAAGAAAUUAAAGAAUUAAUUCACGAUAUCAAUGUGAUAAAUGAAGAACCAAAUAAAAGUGAAUUUAGUGAUCAAAUGUGUAUAGUAAAGGAAGAAACUUAAAUUUCAUAGAUUAUUUAGUCUUAUUUUUUUUUAGUGAAUUUAUUUUUAUUUAACUGUAUAGCUAAAACUAAUUAAUUAUAUAUAUGUAAUCAAAAUUUUUUUUUUACAUUUACAUUUUUUAUAUCAUGUUUUAAUUCUAAGUGAUGUUGUUAUUGAUAAAGCCUCUAUGAUUAUAGUAUAAAUGAUGUGGAACAUCAUUAAAUGUG